AUGUGGGCAGCACGGUUUGAUCAUGAUGAAAUUGUUGAAAUUCUAUUAAAAUCAAAUGCAAAUGCUGAACAGAAGAAUGAGUAUGGUGACAGAGCAUAUGAAUUUGCUAGGAGUUACAAAAUGAGAAGACGACUGAUGAAAGCAAUGGAUGAACAGAAGUAUGCUGUUCUGUAUGCCGAGGGCACAGUGAGACCAGAAAUCAUGAAAUUGUGUUUCAUUGGUAAAGAAGGAGCAGGAAAGACGACACUCACGGAGGCUCUCAAACGAGGAUGGUUAGAAUGGGCUUUCUUUGCAAAUGAGAACAAACCAGAUGACCCAAAAUGUGAAGAGGAACGCACAAUUGGUAUCAACGUGAUGACAGUCGAUAUUCCAGGAGUGGGUCGCUUGUCAGUGUGGGACUAUGCAGGUCAAGGGCAGUUCCACAAAACACACGGCCUUUUCUUUCCCUCCAACUCGAUCUUCAUCCUGCUAGUGAGUCUAGUGAGAGGAGAGGAGAGACGACUGUGCAGUUUUGAGGAGUUGCUAGAAGAGCUUCAGUAUUGGCUCUCAUUCCUGAGAGCCAGUUUGGAUGCAGAGUUUAUACCCACAGUGUUGAUAGCUGCCAGUCACAUAGAUUACUGUCCACAGCGUCAGGGUGUCUUGCAGCGAGUGGUGGACGACAUGCGUGAGCUGUUCAAAGGCAAGAUCAACAUCAUUGAAGUUUGUUUUGUCCUCGACUGCAGGAGGAGCUGGACAUCUGAAAUACAACAACUAAAGAAAGUUCUCUGUGAUGUGAAAAGGAGUCUUCAGCAGUCUGCUCCUCUGUAUCCUCGUCUUUGUCAGCCAGUCGUGUCCAAGUUGCUUCCUUCUCUUCGUAAGAAACAAGAAGAUCCGUUCAUGGAGAAGGCAACACUGAUGGAGAGGAUCGAGCAGGAAGCAUGUCCAGGACAAGAGAAGAAGGUUGUAGAGAAGGUAGUUGAUUUUUUAGAUGAUUCAGGAGAGAUUGCUGUUGCCGGUGAUGUGGUGGCUCUCAAUCCUGCAUCUCUACAUCAUUAUGCCAUCGGUCCUCUCAUUGCUUCUGAGGAUUUUAAGUGGCAUGUCAGGUCAAAGAGGAAGGAUGGCACAGUAACAAGAGAAGAAGCAGAAACGGCAAUCAAUCAUUUCCGAAAAGAUCAGAAGAUUCAAGUUCAACUCAACACAGAUAAAGUUCUCACUAUCAAUGAAUCUCUUGAUAUCUGCUUCAAAGUGGAAGGCAGAGACGACACGUACAUGUUUCCAGCUCUCUUGUCUCCUAAGGAUCUGUCUGUCAUGUGGAAGAGAGAGGAGAGUAAGAAAGUGUAUGUCGGUCGACGUCAAGUGUGCAGCAGUCAGACGACCAUCUUCAGUCCGUCUGCAUUUGGCAUGUUUCAAUCUAAAGUUUGCACUACAUUAGAUAAGAAAGCACAGCUGUGGAGGAAUGGACUAAUCACAUCACAAGGUGAUGAAGCUGAAUUUCAUGUCGAGUGUUUGGUUGCCAUGGUAGAUCCUGUUCGUUCUGUCGACUUUGUAUGUCGUGGAGAUACGUUAGACAGAUACAGUCCAGGCACUGACUACGAGACUGGAUAUCUGAGCAGAAAGCAUUUAGAGGAACACAAAGAACUGAAACAAGUUGCUGUUUACUCUGAAGAGGAAAUCAAGGAAGCAAAGGCAACUGGAAAAGGAGCAAAAGCUGCUGUAAAACAAGUAGUUGGUGUUGAACGAGUCGUAGAAAGUCUUGGUGACUUGCUGCUGUCAGAAUUGAAUGCAGAAGAAGGAAACUGUCAAUUUUGUCAAUCAGGAAUGUUGCCCGAUUAUGAGACUGUAAGGAAUACUGUUGUUAAACACGGCAGUAGUCAGUGGUAUGAGAUUGCAGUCAAGUUGGGACUGAACAACAACAAGAUCAGAGAAGAAACUCACAACAAAGCUACGGAUGGCGGCAAGUUGACGGCUGUUAUUGAAGCAAAGAGGGAGCAAGUUGGAAAAAUGGAAACAGUGAAGGAGUCGUUGAGAGCUUGUCAUCGGAUACACACACCGAUAGACAGAGAGGUGGAAGAUGAAUUAGAAAAGAAAGGGAAAGAAUGUUAGCUGUGACUAUGGCGGAUGUGAACAUUACUGCAGCAAAGUUGUUUCGUUUCCUACCACAGAAUGUACACCUCGUCUCUAGGUAGUCACUGUAUUUAUAUUAUAUAGUGGACACUAUAUAUUUGUCAACAAAGAGUAUUAUGUAGAUGUAAACAGACUAGA